AUGGAGAGGGCGACGACACAGCCACAGCAGGCUCCACCGGUAGCUGAGGAGCUGAAUCUAGACUACGUAAAGAGACAAACGCAGAGCUUGCAGCAGGCCAUAUCUCGAAUCCUUGAAGACUUCGAAGCUUAUUCCAAAACCAACACUACUCCCAAAUGGAAGGACAUUCUAGGGCAAUACAAGAUGAUAAAUCUUGACCUCUUUAUCCUUGUGGAAGAAGUAAAACAAGUUUCCAAGGCCUUCGUUGUGCUUCCGAAGAACGUAAACGCCGAGAACGCUUCAAUUUUACCGGUUAUGUUGGCUACCAAGUUACUCCCCGAGAUGGAAACUGAUAACAAGGUCAAGAUAGAUCAGUUGCUUCAAGAUGUUCAGAGUUUGCCUGUGCCAAUGCAAAUCGAAACCCUAAAGGAGAGGAUUCGCAAGAUUGCGGAAGCUUGUGAAAAUGCAGAGAAAGUGAUGGCUGAUGCUCGUAAAGCUUAUGGAUUGGCCCCCCAACGAGGAUGUCCUUCUAUGCUUCCUACUACUAUGGAUAGAGCUCAAGCUGCAAAGAUUCUGGAGCAGGAGAACAUGCUACGUGCUGCUGUAAACGAAGGACUAAGAUUGCCUCCAGACCAGAGACAGAUCACCACUGCACUUCCACCGCAUAUGGUGGAUGCGCUAUUUGUCAACGAUGCAGGUAGAGAAGUUAACCCAACAAGCUAG